AUGUUAGAAAUUACAAUUACUGUAAAAUGCUCCAACGACACAAAGUAUUCGGUGACAAUUGACCCCUCUAAAACAGUGCUUGAAUUUAAACAAGCGAUUGCAGCAAAAAGUGACACUCCUGCAGAGCGGCAACGAUUGAUUUAUUCUGGGAAAGUAUUGAAAGAUGCUGAUACGUUGGAUACUUAUAAAAUUGCAGACGGCCAAACUGUUCAUAUGGUAAAAGGCUCUGCACCUGGGGGUACUUCUUCGCAGUCGUCAGGAGGACAACAAACACGUACAACACCUCCAGUAAACUCACAACCAACCCCUCAAACAAAUACUUCGCCCGGUAACCCGUUUGCUGCCUUCGGCCUUAAUCAAUUUGGAGGUCUUGGACAAGGAUUUGGUAGUGCUGGGUUAGGUGCAGGAACAGGUGGAGUGAAUCCGAUGGAUGCAAUACUUCAAAAUCCAGCCAUGGUUCAAAUGAUGAGUCAAAUGCUAAGAGAUCCACAAUUAUUGGAGAGUAUGAUUUCUGCGAGUCCACAAUUGAGCAGUAUGGCUCCUCAAAUACGACAAUAUAUGCAAAACCCUGAAUUUCAAGCAUUAUUGUCUAAUCCGGAGGCUUUAAGGCAAAUGGCAGCAAUGUCUUCUUUGAUGGGUGGUAAUUUAGGUCCAUUUACUGGUGGAUUUUCAGAUCUUGGCGGAUUAGCAGGCACAACAAACCCAAUACCACCUUCAACUUCAACUAAUCCUUUAUUGGAUCUUUGGGGAUUAGCCGCUGGUGGUGGUGGUACCGCACCACCAGAGGAACGAUUUCAGGUUCAACUUCAGCAAUUGAACGAGAUGGGAUUCUGGAAUGCUCAACAGAAUAUCAGAGCAUUAUUACUUUCUGGUGGAAAUGUUCCUGCUGCUGUAGAACUCUUGUUGAGUGGCAGUAUUGUCGUUGCUGAAGACGGCGAAAAUCCCAUUCCUUCUGGAGACGGCUUUGAAGAUGCUAUCAUAAAAAGACUUUAUGGACGCCGAUCUGUUUCUGACUGUAAGUCUGGUACAGUAUGUAAAGUAGAAGUUCAAGCUUUGGCGUAA